GUAAGGUCUCUAGCCAUCACUGGAAACCAGUUUCCUCACCCAUCCAUCCACUGUUGCCCACUGCCCAAGAAAGUCAUUAGCAUCCCCCAAUUUCUGAGCUCUCCGCAAUGACCCAACCUUAACACCUCGCUCUUGCCAUCCUUGUCCCCCAAAUUCAAGCAUCAUGAUCAGAUCCUGUUCUUUCCCUGCAUGUCAGGGAGCAGUGCGUUCGGCGCUGCACCAAAGAAUGGGUUGUCGCUUCCGCCGACCGCCACCUCCAAUACCCCUCAAAAGAGGGUUUUGUGCUUCAGUGCAGCUUUAUGGUGAUGAGAAACCCCAGCCCUUCAAGCACCAGCUAUAUGAAAGCACACAACAACGCCUUAAACGUGAGCGUGCUGAACAGAAACGAUAUUCACAGUAUCAAACCCAGUCACAGGGUGGCCGCUAUGCGGCACUAAUGUUCGCCCUGGCCUUCUUCUCUACCGGGGCUUAUUUUCUAGGCACGUUAAAACCCGCAGACCUUCCCACUUCGUCCAUAACAUCAUUGCUUGAUACUGAGCGCCCGCGACACAAUAUUUCCUCCUCAAAUCUUCAAGCCGCCUGGGCAGACUUUGUGGAAAUUCUGGGGAAAGACCAUGUUUCCACUGAAAAUGCGGAUUUGGAAAUGCAUUCGGGGUCUGAUUGGUCCUCCUACACGCGUAAGGCGGAUGAACGACCCUUUCUUGUUCUGUACCCGUCCACUACAGACGAGGUUUCCCGCAUAAUGAAAAUCUGCCAUCGACGGUUAAUUCCAGUGACGCCAUAUUCUGGUGGUACCAGCUUAGAAGGCCAUUUUGCGCCGACCAGAGGUGGAGUCUGUAUCGAUUUCCGUCGCAUGGAUCGCAUUUUGGAGCUCCACAAGCGCGAUCUUGAUAUCGUGGUGCAGCCUGCAACUGGUUGGGAGGAAUUGAACGAGCGUCUUUCUCAAGAUGGUCUAUUCUUCCCACCCGAUCCCGGCCCUGGAGCAAUGAUUGGCGGCAUGAUAGGCACUGGCUGUUCGGGGACCAACGCCUAUAGGUAUGGGACCAUGCGUGAUUGGGUGCUUUCUUUGACAGUCGUGCUUGCCGACGGAACUAUUAUUAAAACACGACAGCGCCCACGGAAAUCCAGUGCUGGUUAUGAUCUCACCAGGCUUUUCAUUGGUAGCGAGGGCACGCUCGGGCUGGUGACUGAAGCUACAUUGAAAUUGACAGUCAAACCUAAAAGCCAAAGUGUUGCUGUUGCUAGCUUUACCACAAUACAGAGUGCGGCAGAGUGUGUUACACGCGUGGUUGAAGAGGGCAUUCCUGUAGCCGGUGUGGAGAUUUUGGAUGACGUGCAAAUGAAAUGCAUUAAUGACAGCCAGGCUACCACCCGACAUUGGAAAGAAUCCCCUACUAUUUUUUUCAAGUUCGCUGGUACUCCUUUAGGUGUCAAGGAACAGAUUAGUACAGUGCAGAAAAUCGUUUCGGACAGUGCUGGUCGUUCCUUCGAGUUUGCUCGCGGUGAGAAUGAAAUGCAGGAACUCUGGAGUGCCCGGAAACAAGCGCUCUGGAGUGUUAUGUCUAUGAGACGAGGGCCUGAAGAUCAUGUUUGGACAACUGAUGUAGCUGUGCCUAUGAGCAAGUUACCUGAAAUCAUUGAAGCCACCAAACAAGAUAUGACUGAAAGUGGCUUGUUGGCAGGCAUUUGUGGUCAUGUUGGAGAUGGAAAUUUUCAUGCUAUCAUCCUUUUCAAUGAAGAUGAAAAGGGGACAGCAGAGGCUGUGGUUCACCGCAUGGUAAAACGCGCAAUUGAAUUAGAAGGUACAGUCACAGGUGAACAUGGAGUUGGCCUUAUUAAGCGAGAUUAUCUGCAAUAUGAAUUGGGGGAAUCUACGGUAGAUGCAAUGCGACGGCUUAAACUGGCCUUUGAUCCUCUUUGCUUACUUAAUUGUGACAAAGUUGUUCGGGUUGAACCGGCAGUUGCGGGGGAAGUCAAGACAUGGUAGCCAUGCCAGUUAUAUAGUACACUUUGUACUAAUUUUUGAAACCAUGAAUUCUAGUUACUGUAGAGGAGCAUAUAUGAUUUACUAACAAUGCCC